GAGAGCAUCAGUGUGAGUGGGGAGGGGCUGGUGAGAGGAUACUCACUGGAGAGCAGUGGGAGGAGCCUGUAAUCCUCCGAGCCAAUGGUGCGGUGGGGAGGCGGAGUCAGGUGGUCUCUGCAUCACACAGCAUCCCUUCAUUGAGCUCCGUCUCUGCUGCUGUCACAGACAAAGGAUGACAUCAGCGCAGCUUCACUGACAAACACUCAUCUUCAUCUUCACAUGCAGAGCUCCGCCCGGCUUUCUUGGGAUUUAUCAGAAGAAGAGCGCUCAGGAAGUGCACCGGGGAAUGUUUGAGGUGACUGAGAUGCUGUUUCUGAAGCAUUAGCGGCGAGAGACGAGGAAGAGGAAGAGGGGGAAGGGAGAGAGAGAGAGAGAGAGAGAGAGAGAGAGAGCAGGUUUCCAGAAGCACCUGUUCCUCUGCUGUGAUCAUGGAGAUUAACGUCCCAUCUCACCGCUUCUACUUCCCUCAGAUCUACUGUGAGCCCGGCGCGCCGCUCGCUGACAUCAAGGUCAGCGAGCAGAGCAUCUGUCAGGCCCGCGCCUCCGUCAUGGUCUACGACGACACCAGCAAGAAAUGGGUGCCGAUCAAACCGGGUCAGCAGGGCUUCAGCCGAAUCAACAUCUACCACAACACCAGCAGCAGCAGCUUCCGCGUGGUGGGAGUCAAACUGCAGGACCAGCAGGUGGUCAUCAACUACUCCAUCGUGAAGGGUCUGAAGUAUAACCAGGCCACGCCCACCUUCCACCAGUGGCGUGACGCGCGGCAGGUGUACGGACUCAACUUCGCCAGUAAAGAGGAGGCCAGCACCUUCUCCAACGCCAUGCUGUUCGCCCUCAACGUGCUCAGCAGCCAGGAGCCAGGUCCAGCUGUUCAACGUCAAGUCCAGAACGGGCUGAGUUCAGAAGAAGUGGAGGUCCAGAGACGGCAAAUGGAAAUACAGCAGCAGCAGAUGCAGGCGCAGAGCGAGCGGGAGAGACGAUCGUCCAACCCAGGAUCCCCGUUUCAGGGUCACCCCGCGGUGCUGUCUGUAGCUCCUCCCAUUGUGGCCCCGCCUCCUCUGCCGAUGGGUGGUCCCUGCCCCCCUCCCCCGCCUGGCCCGCCGCCCCCUUCUGCUGGAGCUCCGCCCCCUCCCCCGCCUCCUCUGCCUGUAGGUGGGUACGGGGGUCACGCCCAGGAUGAUAGCCACGCCCCCUCGGGUCUCGCCGCCAUGAUCGCCGGAGCCAAACUGCGCCGCGUGCAACGGCCGGAGGAAAGCUCUGCGUCCGGAGCCAGGCCGGAAGUGAACCGGAGCAGCGGAGGAGGUCUGAUGGAGGAGAUGAACGCGCUGCUCGCUCGCAGACGGAGAGCAGCAGAUGAGAAGAGGGACGGAGAGAGCCCGAGCGAGGAUCCGGCGUCUCGGGGACAGAGCUGCGCAGCUUCCUCUUCAUCUGAGACACAGCAGAGCAGGAAGAGUGAGCUCAGGGUUCGAGCCGCCGGCAGCAUCAGUGACUCAGACGCAUUAGACUUCGACAGAAUGAAACAGGAAAUCCUGGAGGAAGUGGUUCGUGAGCUGCACAAGGUGAAGGAUGAGAUCAUUGAUGCCGUCAGACACGAGCUCAGUAGAAUCAGCAGCACAUAGAGAACCCAAGCCCUGCAGAUCCUGCUGAAGCCUCCAGAGCCCACGGCGUCCUCGUCCUCGUCCUCGUCCUCACACGUCCAGAUCCCUGAUGAAGCAGAGACACUCGCACCCAUCUCACCGUUCUGCUGGAUCUGGACUCAGCUGAAGACUUACAGAACCUGAGGAACACAGAACCAACAUCUGGAGGCCUUUUACUGUGUCUGCAUCAUCAUCAUCAUCAUUAUUAUUAUUAUUAUUAUUAUUAUAGGUGUAGUAGUUGUAGUGUUUUCAUGUAGGUAGACAUAGGAAUUAAUAAUAAUGAUAAUAAUAAUGAUAUCAUUGCACAUCCGUCUUCAUUUUCCUUCAGAUUCAUCGUAAGCACAUUUCUCAUUACCUCUGUUUUUUAAGAGUUUUUUUAAUGAUCCUUCUUGUCAUAAUGAUGUAUUUAAUCACUGACGGAGGGUUUCGAGGAUGCGAGGAGUUAUUAUCUGACAAACAGACAUCACACCAGAGUAUUUGUGAUCAUGUUGUUGAUGAAAUAUUGUUCUGUUUUAUGAGUUCUGUUUUGACCAAGUGCUUCCUGGUUAGAAAAAGAAAGAGAAAAGAUAUACAUGAUGUUUAAAAAAGAAGUGAAAUAAAGUGUGAAGGGUGUGUUUCA